GUUUAGUAAUCAUUGAUAGCUUCAUCGGGGGAAAAAGCCAAAAACAACACUGACGUAGUGACACAGUUAAUCUAAACUAAUUUAAAGUCAACUUUGCCAGACGCAAUCAGUUACGUAUCGGUAGUCCCCGAUCAGAUCCCACGUUGUUUAACCAACCUGGUCUGUCUUGCUUCUUGUCAUCUGCUAGCCUGUGUCAGUAGUAAUAGUGUGACUUGUACUGUGAUUUCGGCAGUAUGUCUGAAGAAUUGGAACACAUCUUAUCUCAGCUUAUACAACCCGAUAAUGCAGCUAUUCAGAAGGCAACUGCUCAGUUAAAACAGGCCUUCAAAGACCCAGCUAUAGUCCCUGCACUUUGCGCAGUAAUGACAGGAUCCUCAAACCUACAGAUUCGACAGUCGGCUGUAGUUAUUUUGAGAAUGAGAGUGAAAAAGCACUGGAAGAAAAUUAGUCCAGAACACAAAGAGAGCUUGAAGGCUGUGGUCCUGCAAGCUUUUAAGCAGGAAACAGAGCACAUAGUUCGCCACUCGCUCUCUCAACUCGCUGCAGUGAUUGUAAAACAUGAGACUCCUGACUGCUGGCCGGCCCUGCUUACAAUGCUCGAUGAAUCCACCAAGAGCAGCAAUCCUCAUGAUAGGCAGGUUGGUAUGCUUUUGCUGUGCAAAGUGGUGGAAUCAAACCCUGAGCCAUUCAAGCCCCAUUACAAACAACUUCUGCAGCUUUUUGGCAGUGUGCUUCAGGAUGCGAACAACCAGUCUGCUCUUUACUAUUGCAUCCUAACACUCACUGCAAUCAUGGCUUUUACUGGCAUGGAGGAGAUGAACCUGAUGCGUUCGUUAAUCCCAAAAUUGAUAAAUGCCCUGAAACAUCUAAUUAAGGCUGACCAGGAUCAGGCGAGUGAGGCUAUGGAGGUGUUCGAUGAGUUGAUGGAGAGUGAGGUUUCCAUUAUGGUCCCUCACGUAACUGAGAUUAUUCAUUUCUGUUUGGAGGUCAGUGCAGAUGUUUCACUGAGUAAUUCUCUGCGGGUUAAGGCUCUGUCUAUUGUUGCCCUUCUCAUUCGACUUAAGAGCAAGGCUGUGUUGAAGCAAAAGCUUUUGGCACCAAUCUUGCAUGUGGUGUUUCCUAUUCUAAGUGCGACACCGCCACCUGGUGAGGAGGACCCAGAGGACGAAGAAAACAAUGCAGAGGGUGAUGGUGAUAGUGAAAACCCCAAACACUUUGCUGCCCAGGUGAUUGACACAAUGGCUCUUCAUAUGCCACCAGAAAAACUUUUCAACCAGCUGAUCCCAAUGACCCAGGCUUGCCUAGCAAGUGAGAAUCCAUAUGAGAAAAAGGGAGGCCUAAUGUGUUUAGCAGUGCUGGCAGAGGGUUGUGCAGACCACAUUAGAACCAAGAUGUUAUCUUCCAUGCUACAGACAGUGUGCCGAAGUCUCUCUGACAGCAACCAGGUGGUGCGGAGUGCGGGCCUGUUUGCUCUGGGUCAGUUCUCUGAGUACCUGCAGCCUGAAGUUAGUAAAUACCAUGCAGAGCUGAUGCCACUAUUACUAGGAUACAUAUCUUCUCUAAAUGAAACCAAAAUUGGCCAUGUCACCAAGGCUUUCUAUGCCCUGGAGAACUUCUUGGAGAACCUAGGUGAUGAUAUUCAGUCCUACCUUCCCACUCUUAUGGAAACCAUGCUGUCAGCACUAAACAACACGGGAAAUCUUAAGUUAAAGGAACUUGCUGUCAGUGCCAUAGGAGCAAUAGCUAAUGCUGCCAAGGAGAUGUUAUUGCCCUAUUUUCCUCCUAUAAUUGAGAGCUUAAAGGGUUUCCUGACUGACACGCGGGAUGAGAUGAGAUCAUUGCAAACCCAGGCCUUGGAUACUCUGUCUGUACUGGCUCGCACUGUUGGUAAGGAUGCGUUUAGUCCAUUGGCUGCAGAAUGUGUGCAUCUGGGUAUGAAGCUUACUGAUGCUGUGGAUGAUCCAGACCUGCGACGUUGCACGUAUAGCUUGUUCUCAGCUGUGUCAACAAUCAGCCCGGAAAGUCUUAAUCCUCAUCUUACUGCAAUCGUCACAUUGAUGCAACUGUCACUAAAAUCUACAGAGGGUGUGACUGCUCAUGUAGAGGAGGACAAGCAGUUUGUUCACUUGGAUGAUGAUGAUGACGACGAUGAAGGUGAAGCUGUUUUGGAGGAAGAUGAAGACAAUGAGAUGGAGGAUGUUGCUGGGUUCAGUGUUGAAAAUGCAUACAUUGAUGAGAAAGAGGAUGCUUGUGAUGCCCUGGGAGAAAUUGCUGUCAACACUGGUGCUGCUUUCCAGCCCUUCUUGCUGUCAUGCUUUGAACAGGUUUAUGAGCUUUGUGAUUUCCCACAUGAGGAUGUGAGGAGAGCAGCCUUUGGUGCCCUGGGCCAGUUUUGCCAAGCUCAGCAUAAAGUGUGGCAGUUAAAUCCUACUGAUGACAAUCGCCAGGCACUGCACAAGUUGCUGUGUGUGGUGCUGCCCUGCUUCCUGGAGGCUGUCAAAAAGGAGCGUGAGCGACAGGUUGUCAUGGGAGUAUUGGAGGCCAUGAAUGGUGUCAUUAAAGCCUGCAAGGGGGAUGCUUUGCAGAUGCAGGGCAUACUAGCUGAAAUAAGCCAAGCCAUCCGAGAAGUGCUGAAAAAGAAGACUGUUUGUCAGGAUGGAGGAGGGGAUGAGGCAGAUGAUGAGGAUCAGCAGGCUGAGUAUGAUGCAAUGCUACAGGAGUUUGCUGGAGAAGGAAUUCCUAUCCUGGCUUCAGCUGUUCCAGCAGAAACCUUCUAUCCUUACCUUAAUGACUUACUUCCCUUUGUUAUAAACAAAUCUAAGUCCUCCUGUACUGUGGCAGAUCGCUCCUUUGCUGUGGGCACUCUUGGUGAGAUUCUGCAUUCCUUGGUAGGUGUGGCUGGGGGCAGGUCCGUUGCAGGGAAGCUGUCCAAUCGACUACUGCCAGUGCUUGUGGGUGGUGUUAAAGACAGUGAUGCAGAGGUGCGGAAUAACAGUGUGUUUGGGUUGGGAACCUUAGCUCAGGCUGCUGGACCUAUCAUCGCUUCUGAUUAUCCAAUGAUGCUGUCUCUUUUCUCUAACCUAUUGGUCAAAGAAUCAGAUAGGAGAGUAAUUGACAAUCUGUGUGCUGCCCUGUGUCGGAUGAUUAUGAGCCACAUAAAAGGAGUGCCACUUGAGCAGGUAUUUCCUGCGCUUCUGGAAUGCUUGCCUUUGCAGGUAGAUAUGGAGGAAAAUAAGACUAUCUACAGCUGCUUAGCUUUUAUUUAUUCCUGCAACCCAGCCAUGGUUGUUAGUCAUAUUAAACCAAUACUAUCAGCUGCAACACAUGUACUGGGAACUAAGGAUAUCGAUGCAGACACCCAGAAUACCCUUAUCACAUUAUUCAGAAACAUUGCUCAACAAUACUCUCAGGAACUUGAGAGUGCUGUGAUGUCACUUCCUGUUGAGAAGAGGACCAAGUUGAGUAUAGCUCUUGCUCAGUGCUCAAUGUCAGAGGACAUUUAAAGCCUCCAUUUAUGUAAAAACAAGCCACAUUUCAAAUUGGAGUUUUCUGUACAUGACACAAUAAAUAUUUAAAAAGCAUAAUUAUUUAAAAUUACCAUAGCACUUCUUUACUAAUUUGCUUUGCGACAGUGAAACUUAGCAAUUGUGAUAUCUGUUAGUGUGUUUUUCUUUCAAGUAUUGUUUUGUUACUUGUUUUGGUCUGAAGCUAAGUACAAUGAAAAAUACUUUUUUUGAACGUGUUCUGAAUUGUCAUAUCUAGAUCACCAGUCAAGAUCGACAGAAAAAUAAAUUUUAUUAAAACACCCUGUUGAACAGUAAAUGACAGUCAUAGUAGCUCUUAAGUUUUUUUUCUUCUAAAGUAUUUAGGUGCACACACAAACUAUAGACAUUGUGGGUUAAAGGCAUUAUUUAGUUUUCUUCAAACGUAAAUCCAGUGUUGUAGCAAAACAUUCACUAGUCCGACCAAACAGACCAUAUAGUACAUAAGUAUAUACUUGUGCUUACUGCCCAACGUUUUUAAAGCCGUUACAUGCCUUUGCAAAUGUGUUAUACCAUUACUUUUCACCCAUCACUUUUUUUUUUUUUCCAUUAAUUUAAAAACAUGCUUUACUAACUUUGGGUACUUUUCAACUAUACCUGUAAGAUCUAUGCAGGCAAAUAACAAUGGCCUGAAUAAACAUGAAGGUAUAUAGGCUUAUUCCAAGAGACAUCAGUUCUUAAAUAAUGUAAACAAACUAUUGUAAGUUGACACCAUCACUUAAGUUACAUUUUCCAUAUGGCACUUUUCUGACACAUUGUCAUGACAUGGCUUUGUAUCCCAGUGGUGCGAUAGCCUUUCAAUUAUAACUAGUAAAUAAACUUCAAGUUAAUUAACUAAUAGUAAAAGAGCACCUACAAAAUAUGCUGUCUAGUGUCUUUUGUUGUUUACAUUUUUUGUAAUGUACUAAUUUUUUUUUUUGGCUUUUAGGAUUAUGUUCUUCUUUUCUUUUCUGAGAACUUGAAGCCCAUUCAAAAAAUAAUUUAAUUGACAUUUUAUGGCUGUCAAGUGAUUAGUUUAUUAUUUAGAAUGUUUUUAUGGACUUUUGCCAGUGCCCUUGCACUUCAUUAUCAGAUCUGUAUAUGUUUUUCUUAUACCAACUUGGAGGAAGUUUGGUUGUGAUGUUUGACAUCUUAUGAUCACCUUUUCUGACUAAUACAUUAGAAAUUUACAUGACUAAUGUAUAUCUGAAGUUAUUUAUUCAGGAAAAUAAAAUGACAUAGCUUGUAACAUAUGUAACAAACAUAACUUGCCAGUUGGUCUUUGACAUCCUAUGAUCAAAAUAAAUGAAAAAUAUGAUCUUAACAUUAAACAUACAUAAAUUAUAUUUUCACUUAUAAUACCAACAUAAUUACCAACAUAAACCCAGGGCUGUGUAAACAUUUGCAAAAGACUACGUACAGUGACAUAACUACGGGCAGUCACAGGGACCCAUAUAAUCAGUGGCUCGUAGUAAUCGGGUUUACUAAUAUUUUUUUCUGCCCCUUGUAUUCUCUUGUUUAUGACAAAAACCCAUUACUUAUUAGUUGUUCCAUUAAUUUAAAACCAUGCUUAAAUAACCUUUUACAUUUUAAUAAUAUCCCAAACAUCUAUGCAAGCAAAUGACAUUUACCAAUGUCAAUGGGGAAAGCAAAAUGUCAAUAUCCAAAAUGUCAAGCUUGUCAUAAUGACAAUCAUGUCAGUGAAUCUGAAAGUAUUAAAGGCUUUAUAAACUUCAUUGCAUGUCUUUGUUUUGUUGUAAAUCUAUGCAUUUGUUCUUAGCUGUGUCUUAAAGCCCUAUAAACAGUAGUGUAAAAUGUUGCCAAAUGUUCAAUAGUUUAACUGUUUGCUUUGACCGGUUUCCACUGUGUGUUCAGUUGAACAUUGUAAGGUUAUAUCUCUUACUCUGUCUUCUCCCUUGUAAAGUUGGAUUGUGUGUCCAAAGUCGGCAUCAUUUGUAGUGGCUGAAGCUUUUGGUCUGCUGUUCAAAAAUAAAAGAAAUGACAGUUACUUAUCUGAG